UGUUUACUUUCUACACGAGUUGUUAUUUACAGUUUCGUCCUAAGAACAGAUUGUUGUGGUAAAAUAAAAAGGGAUACAUUUUUUGGUGCCAUUUAGGCUAAAUUGAAUUCUAAACGUCAAAACGGGCUCUGCGAUGGGUCUGCGCUAGUGUUCCAGUUUAGCCAACGUUCUUUUGCCAUUUUCAGCCUUGGAUGAAUUUUGACUUGUUCUAUUGUCCAGCCUACCCCUGGUUCUGCUGAUUGAACUUUUAAGACAGUCCCAUAGCCGCGAGUGCAUAAUAUUCCCCCAUUGAAAGCCAACGUAAAGUCACUUUUUGAAAACGGAGAAAAUAAAGGUUAUACCUUGCGCUCUACCAUCGGAAUUAAGAUAUCUCUAAGACCUUCAGUGGAAGAUGUAUUGACGAGCAAGCUCCGAAUAUCUAACCACUAUCCAAACUGGAAACAAGCCUACUGCGGUGAAUCUCGGCUGACAUUAGCUGGAAAACUACGCUAGGUUAGCGUAGCUGUUUGAAAAUGAUAACAACAAAGCUGAGUAAGAAGGACCCAACCCCUCAGCUCAUCCCAGCAAAACAAACAGAGAGUAAUGACAGUGUGGGGUAUCCAGAAUUUUGCCCAGUCACUCGGUCCAGUUUAUUUGGCUUGACGACCCUGGAUCAGAGCUGUGUUGAAACGCACCAGAACAAUCGCUUCGACGAAAAUAACGUUAACGUUAUACCUUGCGAUCUAGGCAGCUAGCUUGUUGAAGCUUAGCAAGAACAGUGCACGUUUCAGAAAUGGCCACAGCCGGAACAGUUCAUUCAGGUCCAGCGAGUUCCACUGUAGGCUCAACUGGGACUCGGAAGAUGGCUUCUKUAGAGGUUCUAGGGUCCUCAAGCUCAUCUCAAACUAUAAAGAAGACUAUUGGCCACCGUGGGCUUGACCCCACUGGGGAGACCACCUACAAGAAGACUACCUCGUCUGCCCUGAAAGGUGCCAUCCAGUUGGGCAUCACACACACAGUGGGCAGCCUGAGCCAGAAACCUGAGAGAGAUGUACUCAUGCAGGACUUUGAAGUGGUGGAGAGCAUCUUUUUCCCCAGUGAGGGCAGUAACCUGACCCCAGCCCAUCACUACAGUGACUUCAGGUUCAAGACCUACGCUCCCAUCGCCUUCCGCUACUUCAGRGAGAUGUUUGGUAUCCGACCAGACGACUACCUGUACUCGCUGUGUAACGAGGAACUGAUUGAGCUGUCCAACUCUGGAGCCAGUGGAUCUCUGUUCUACGUCUCCAGCGAUGACGAGUUCAUCAUUAAGACUGUGCAGCACAAAGAGGCUGAGUUCUUACAGAAACUAUUGCCUGGCUACUUCAUGAACCUGAACCAGAACAAGCGAACCUUGCUGCCAAAGUUCUACGGUCUCUACUGCAUCCAGGCAGGAGGAAAGAACAUCCGCAUUGCUGUCAUGAACAACCUGCUCCCGCGCACCGUGCGCAUGCACCUCAAGUACGACAUGAAGGGCUCCACCUAUAAGAGACGAGCCUCGGCCAAGGAGCGAGAAAGGGCUGUGCCCACGUUCAAGGAUCUGGACUUCAUCCAGGACCUUCCCGAUGGUCUUCUGCUGGAACCAGACAACUACAACGCCCUCAGCAAGACCAUCCAGAGAGACUGCCUGCUGCUACAGAGCUUUAAGAUCAUGGACUACAGCAUGCUGGUGGGGAUCCACAACCUGGAGCAGGCGGCCCGGGAGCGGGCUGGAGAGGAGGCGGCCGACCAGAGGCCCCCACCGUCACAGGGCCAGAAGUCCCUCUACUGCACUGCCAUAGAGGCCAUCCAAGGAGAGGCGCACGGCAAGGGAGCAUUGGACACUGAGGACAACAUGGGAGGUAUUCCGGCACGCAAUUCCAAGGGUAAGAGGAUGCUGGUGUACAUUGGCAUAAUCGACAUUCUGCAGUCCUACAGGUUUGUGAAGAAGAUCGAGCACUCCUGGAAAGCUCUGGUCCACGAUGGGGAUACAGUGUCAGUGCACAGACCAGGUUUCUACGCAGACCGCUUUCAGAAAUUCAUGUGCAAUACAGUMUUCAAGAAGAUUCCAUUGAAGACAUCCCCAUCAAAGAAGAGCCGAGUGGGGACCCAGGGAGGCUUACGGAGGGCCAACACUGCAAGCUCCAGACCCUUUCCAUUCCCCCAGCCCAGCAGCAGCCUAGGAGUCCCACACUCCCAAAGUACAGAGACUGAGGGAGUCAGYGUGGUGCAGUCAGGAUGCCCUGACAUACCACCAAAAAAAAACACACACGAUGUUGUCACCAGUAACUCUGUUGAAACAACCCUCUUCAAUUCCUUGUUGGGAAGCUCGAAGCUCGCUACCACGGCUCCCUCCGUCAGAUCUGUGGGAGAGGAGGUCCAUGAGGCAGCCAGUACAGAGGACGCUAGCACCCCCAAAAGUUUUGAAGCAGUGACCUCAGUGUCGUCAGUUGACGAGUGCAUCGGUGGAUGUGACGUCAUCUCACUCAGUGACAUAGUUCCUCAGACAAGCAGCUGUUAUUGAACGAUUUACUGAAGACUGAAACGGACUGUAAUGUGAGGACAAUUAGGUCAAAGGAAGUCAAUAGAUGGGAUGAGUGUAAGAUGAAAACUUUUUGAAGGCCUUAUGAAAGAGAAACAAUGGAAGGAUAAAGCGACAGAGGUAAAGAAGGGAAACAGAGAAAAGAAAGACUAGGAGGGGAGUUCAUUUGGAAUGCUACAUACUCCAGAUGCUAUUAUGGGGACCAUACAUCCAAAUUCCAUUGAUGGGAUCCUUCUCGUUUGAACUUUCCAAACCCUGCACGGGAUUAGGUAGUACUGUGUCUGAGAGUGCACGGGUGCCUUUUCUAUUAGACAAGUACAUCUAAGUUGUAGUUGUUGUGCAUUGCAUCUCCGAACGGGUGCCUCUGUCAGGACCUGCACAUCUCUGAAACKAAGAGACUCCUAGUAUUGUUAUAGUCGAGGAAAUGGUAGACAUGCUACAUUUAAGUUGCCUUAUGUGAGAAGAGAAGAGGCUAAACAAGCCUUCACAACAGUGACCAAAUGGCGUCAAGACUGUUCCUCCCUUUUGUGAUUCAUUCAUCCUGCCUGUGAACUGGAUUGCUGAAGAUCUCCAAUAUUGAGCUUUCCUGUACUAUACUAUCAUUACGUUAUAUUGGUAUAUAUGAUAUUAUUUCAAACUGUGGCACUAUGACAGAAUGCCACUAUUGGUGUUCAGAAGUACUGUUUGAAGAAUUUAUUUUAUUUUUUAWAWUUUUUAUUCUCUGUGACAUAUUUAGAUGUUUGGCCUUGCUCCACAAGCUCACUGUGAAUGUUUACACACCCUGUAUGCUGGAAUGGCUAGAAUGUACAGUGUUUGGUAAACCAUUUUAAGAAAGUAUUUUAGGGCAUGAAGCCAGCAGGGCCUAUAGUUUCUGGUGUGUAAAGAUGGGUCUUAGCUAGCGCUUCGUGGCAUUAGACAGUUGGGCCAGAGAGGGACUCAGUCGGGAAACAGUGUCCCCUUAUAGAACAAGAAUUUACUAUGGAAAAGCACAUAUAUAAGGAUCAACAAAUAGUUUCUCAACAGGACUUUUUUUUAAGGUAUGAAAGAAUACUUCUAAUGAUCCCCUAUAUAUUUUUAUAACUCAUUCCACAACCAAAAUCAAUAUAGAAUGAUUUUACACCGUUAUAAUCCCUAUGUAUAAUCACUACCUUUUCUAUAACAGGAAGCAGCCACAGCACUCCUGUAGGUGAUACUUGAGGGUUCAGGUGUGGAAUGUUGUCCCCUUUUGAUGUUUCCAUUGAUCCCCCAAUGACAAAGGUGUUAUUUUAAACAAUAUGACAGGUUCAGCCAUAGAGGUACACUGAACACUAAWAUAAAUGCAACAUGUAAAGUGUUGGUCCCAUGUUUCAUGAACUGAAAUAAAAGAUCCCUGAAAUUUUCCAUA